GUCAUUGACUUCGUUUCACUUGGGUAGCGCAAUGCGCAACGCGGCACAUGUUAGAUGCAGCCACCGCAGCCGCUUCAAAAAUAACUAACUGCUCGCUUUACGCAACACCACCUGUUCAAGUUUUCUCUCCUCUUUCAUCCUCUUUUUACCCGGAUAGACCAUGAUUUCUACGCAGAGAAGUAUGUCUGGAAGCCCUAAAUCUCCGUCAUCGCAGCCUUUCCUAUCGGUUUCGGUUACUGAUCCUGUGAAAUUGGGCAAUGGCGUACAAUCCUACAUCUCUUAUCGAGUCAUCACGAAGACUAACUUUCCUGAAUACCAAGGGCCAGAGAAGAUUGUCAUUCGGCGUUACAGUGAUUUUGUCUGGCUACGUGACCGUCUUUUUGAGAAGUACAAAGGCAUUUUCAUUCCCUCUCUUCCAGAAAAAAGUGCUGUAGAGAAGUUUCGUUUCAGUGCUGAGUUCAUUGAGAUGAGACGACAGGGAUUGGAUAUAUUUGUCAAUCGGAUAGCUUCACAUUAUGAGCUUCAGCAAAGUGAGGAUCUUAGAACCUUUUUGCAGGCAGAUGAAGAGACAAUGGAAAGGUUAAGGUCUCAUGAGACUGGUAUUUUCAAGAAGAAGCCUGCGGAUCUCAUGCAAAUCUUCAAGGAUGUGCAAUCUAAAGUUAGUGAUGUGGUCCUUGGGAAGGAAAAACAUGUUGAAGAGUCGAAUCCUGAAUAUGAGAAAUUGAAGAACUAUAUUUUUGAGCUUGAGAAUCACUUGGCUGAAGCACAAAAGCAUGCAUAUCGUCUCGUAAAGAGGCAUAGAGAGUUGGGGCAAUCACUGUCAGAUUUUGGAAAGGCAGCAAAGCUUCUUUCUGAUAAGGUUGGGGAAGCAGAAAUUGAGUAUAAGGAGUUGAAGGCAGAGACUGAAGAGGCUACAAGAAGGUUCGAGACAAUCGUGAGACUGAUGAAUGACGAGAUUGUGCGUUUCCAGGAGCAGAAAACACAAGACAUGGGGGUUGCUUUUCACGAAUUUGCAAGAGGGCAGGCACGCUUGGCAACUAACAUUGCAGACGCCUGGCGAAGUCUUCUCCCUAAGCUUGAGGCUUGUUCCCCAGCAUAAUGAAUUUAUCUGAAGGCAUUCAUUCACAUGGCAUCUACCACUUGGGAAUAGCAGAGGGUGCUCCUGUUCUGUAGAAACUUUUAUCAAGAGCCAGUCCUGCUGUUCCGCCGUUAUAUGGAUUAUUCCAUUUCUUCGUUCUUACUUACAAACUUGAUGCUUGAGUAGGACGUAAAGCAUAGACAGUAAUUUAGUCUUGUAUGGAGAAUAGUUGAAACUUUGUCGUGGAGCUUGAAUACGUACUCGUUCUUUUUUUCUUUGGAGUGAAAAAUACCUACUCAUUCUACUGUAUUUUAACUUUGCACUCGGCAUGAAAUUCUAGUCAUAUUGCACUUCUACACUGAAGUUGAUCA